AUGCCUACAGAAACCAACUGCAUGAAAUUCCGAUACACCCCAACACCGAAAACUACAACAAUGGAAACAGUGGAAACACAAGCUGCCCAAGCCACCGAACAGCUGAUAUCUAAUUACCUUGACCCAAAUGACCUUAUCGAAGAAUUACCCGACCUCUUCAAUGAAAUAACCCCCGACACCACCUCAACCACCACCAUCCCCAAAACAACAAGCGCCAAUAUCACCACCACUAACCGUCGGUCAGAAAAACAUUCAAGUGAUGAAGGAAAUUCAAGCAGCCAACCAAAAACCACCAAACAAACGUCAAUGUGUAGCAAACAUUCCACCGCAAGCCAACAAAGACAAACAAAGUGCGGGUAG